ACUGCGCAGUAGACCGCAGGGUUGCUGUGCAGCGAAAAGUAUCGGUAUCGGACGGUAGUAUUUUUGUUAUGCUGUUGUUGUUGUUUAGCAAAAAUGGAUCAACAACUACACCGUCUGACAGAUCGUCAAUAUUCCGAAGUGGAGGGCUUGCUACAGGCUAUGGACAUGCCGAGCUCAGACCACGAAGAAAUCGAGUCGGAAUCGUGCCGACUUAGCCGGUAUAAUUUUGCCAACAUGUAUGAGGGACGUCAGCGUUGCUACACAAUGCCGCACGUGCCCCCCGCGCCGCCCUCCACACCAACGCUGCUAACGUCCAACGGGAACAGCAACGGCAACUGCAGCGCCAUUGGAAAUGCUAAUGGAACUGGCAAUGGAACAGGCAAUGGCAAUGGAAAUGGAAAUGGCAACAGCUCCAGCUCACCCACCGCCAGCCUGGUGGCCGAUAAUCAAAUCAAUCACUUUAUCUAUGUAAAAAACGGCAAGAACCUGCGUCGAGAAUCCCGCUGCGUGGACACGGAACUAUCCAAGCUGUUCAAUGUGGUAUCGAUCACGAACCGUCUAACGGCCAUCAAGAAUCGCUCGCACAAACAGCAGCUGGCCGAGAGGGGCAUCAUAAAUGCAUCGCGAACCAUUUCCAAACUGCAUGGGGCGACAAAGAUCUUUAAGAUCCAUCGGGAUCCUAAGGAGUUCCUGCGCGAAACAGACGAGGAUUCGGUGUCGGCACCCGAAUACGAUGAGGAGGAGGAGGACACACGCUUCCGAUUCUUUCGACGCACACGACACUCACGACGGCACUCGUUCACGCGAAUGGAGCGGAAAUUUGCAAGAUUCGAGCAUCACGAGCGAAUGGAGACGAUUGUCGAUAGCUUCGAUGCGGCCAUGAGUUUCAACGAUGCAGAUACCUGAGCGGAUGCAGCACCUGCAGCAGCAGCAGCAACAACAGCAACAACAGCAACAACAACAGCAGCAGCAGCAUCCGCAUCCUCAGUCGCCGUCGCCGCCGAGAGUAACAACAACAACAACAACAACACCACAGGCACAGACUGAGUGCGCAACCAAUGUGAUGAAUGUGAAUUUCAACUAAAUUAUUUUUAUUACUACUACUAUUAUUACGAUUAUGAUUACCGAUUAUCGUUUACCGUUUACCGAACUGUUCUCUCCAUACAUUUAGUUGUCUUUUUUGGCGCCAAUUGCCGUCGCGUCUUGAAGUCACUCAUAAAAAUGGCCCAACAACAAAUUCUGACCAUAUAUUUAUGCAAUGGCUCAAACGCAGCGCAGGGCGAGCAUUUAGUUUUUAGCUUAGUUCUUACAAAAAAACCUAUAUGUUGGCCCACUGUGCGUCCAUUCACAACAACAACAACAGCAUCAGCAACACACUGCAACAAAAUAAGCACAAUGUCUAGUAUUUGGUUGUUGUUGUUGUUUUUGAACUGAGCGCACGCACAGUUGAACCAAACAAACAAACGAUUCCAAUAAAUGCACAAAAUAAUGUGUUGUAUUUGUGAAGACAGACGAAACAUUGUAAUUUUCCUCUUCAUCUUGGAUCUACAUAUUUAAGUAAUUGUUUAUAUAUGACAGCGAGAUACGAUACAUUGUUGUGAUUCCAUACAUAUACAUAUGUAUGUAUAUGUAAGCAAAACAAAAAACAACAUAACGAACCGUCUAAAAAUUCAAAUUUGUACAAAACUAGAUUUUUUUUCGCAAUCAGACUGUUUAUUUAUCAAAAAAAAAAAAAAAAAAAAAACAACUAUAUAAUAGUGCAAUCCUGUGGAAGUUCUAUGGAAAUGUCACAAUUAAACAAUUUCUUGUAGACAAUAUCCUCGUAAA